AUGCUAACUCCGGAGAAUUCUCUGACACAUGUUCCUGCAACAGCAAAUGCAGUACAACACCGUCAGAAUAAUCACUACAACCGGAACCAUAACAAGUCAAGGCCAUACAACAACACUGGAGCUCACCCACAACCUGCACAGAACCAGUGGCAACAACAACCUCAGCAAAAUUGGCAAUCUCAAGGUCGUGGACAAAGACCAUACCUUCGGAAAUGUCAGAUCUGCAACGUUCAAGGUCAUAGCGCGCGUCGAUGCCCUCAGCUUCAAGCUAACCAAUCACUGCAGAUGCAACCACCAACCAAUAUGUGGCAGCCACGAGCCAAUGUAGCAGUCGCGUCUCCAUACUUACCACCGAAUUGGGUAGUUGAUAGCGGUGCUACUCACCAUAUCAACUCGGAUCUUCACAAUUUAUCUCUGCAUCAGCCAUACAAUAGUGGAGAUGAUGUGAUCCUUGCGGAUGGAUCUACAGUUCCAAUCACACAUACGGGUUCAGUAUCUCUUCCCUCUCAAACUAGAGAUUUGACCUUAAAUAAAGUGUUAUGCUUAGCUCGUGUUGCUAAGAAUCUCAUAUCUGUGUAUCAAUUAUGCAAUGCUAACCGAGUCUCAGUCGAAUUCUUCCCUGCUUCGUUUCAGGUGAAGGAUCUUCACACGGGUGUCCCGUUAAUCCGAGGCAGAACGAAUAAGGAGCUCUAUGAAUGGCCUGUCUCACUGCUUAAAACAGCUUUUGGUGCAUCCACGAAUCCAACAACUACACUUUCAUCGUGGCAUAAUCGACUAGGCCAUCCGUCGUCCUCCAUUUUAAACAACAUUGUCUCGAGUUUCUCUCUCCCAGUUGCUUCUUCUUCUCAAUCAAAAAUGUCUUGUUCUAUUGCUGCAUCAAUAAAAGUCACAAGUUACCAUUCUCGCAAACAACUAUUACAUCAACCUGACCACUUGAAAUUCUCUUCUCAGAUAUAUACUUGGCUCUAUCCAUUGAAGAGAAAAUCCCAAGUGAAAGAGACGUUCAUGGCUUUCAAGCCGCUGGUGGAGAACAAGUUUCAAACUCGGAUUGGAACAUUCUUCACAGACAAUGGAGGAGAAUUUAAAGCACUCAGGGACUAUCUCAAGACAAGUGGGAUUUCACAUCUCACCUCACCGCCCCAUACGCCUGAACACAAUGGCGUCUCAGAGAGGAAGCAUAGGCACAUCGUCGAGAUGGGGCUCACACUCUUAUCAACGGCAGCGGUUCCUAAGAAAUUCUGGCCGUUUGCAUUUUCUACGGCGGUCUAUCUGAUCAAUAGACUUCCGACUCCAGUUCUGGAUCUCCAGUCACCGUUUGAGAAGCUGUUUGGGAUGCAACCGAAUUAUCACAAACUCAAAGUCUUCGGAUGUGUGUGCUAUCCGUGGCUUCGUCCCUAUACACGGCACAAGAUGGAAGAUCGUUCUCUUCAGUGUGUGUUUAUGGGGUAUUCUACUACACAAAGCGCCUAUCUCUGUCUCCACACACCGUCGGGCAGAAUGUAUACCUCUAGACAUGUCAUCUUUGACGAAAAUCAGUUCCCGUUCUCAGUCAACCUGAAACCAGAUAACAUGUCUCCAGAUGAAGAAGAUGCCACUGUAGCUACUGGUUCCUUGAUAAUUCAGCCUCUUCUCCCGUCGCCUGUUCUGCCUCCGCCAACGGACCCGUGUGUAGACCUUCACCACAACGCUCCGCCGCCGCCGCCGUCGUUGAAUCAGGUAUUGCCUUAUCUCCCAAACUCUUCCGUUUCUCCUCACACUUCCUCUAAGCCCACUGCUUCUACUGAAAAGGGGCCGCAACCCACAACCCAGCCACAGCCACCCACAAAUAACACCUCACCUAAUGUCCCUCAAACAGCAACCACGUACCAAGCCCAGGCCCAACAAUUAAAUCCGACAGAGUAUAGACGUGUUGUCGGCUCUCUUCAAUACUUGGCGUUUACUCUACCUGAUCUCUUGUAUGCUGUCAAUCGCUUGUCUCUCUUCAUGCACAAACCCACGACAAAUCACUGGCAAGCGGUAAAGAGAGUGCUUCAGUACUUGGCUGGGACUGCGGCUCAUGGGAUUUUCUUACCUAAAAAUAAUCCGAUGACUCUUCACGCAUUCUCAGAUGCUGAUUGGGGAGGUGACUCUGAUGAUUAUGUCUCCACCAAUGCUCACAUUGUUUAUCUUAGAAGUCAACCGGUGUCUUGGUCGUCAAAGGAACAACGUGGAGUUGCACGGUCAUCAACGGAAGCAGAGUAUAUGUCUGUUGCGAAUACUUCCGUUGAGCUCAUUUGGAUCGUCUCGCUACUCCAAGAACUACAUAUUCAGCUUCCGACAGUUCCGGUGAUCUAUUGUGAUAACGCUGGCGCCACGUAUCUAUGUGCCAAUCCCGUUUUUCACUCACGGAUGAAGCAUCUUGCCUUAGACUACCACUUCAUUUGA